AUGGUGGCUCAGCAUGGUCCAGAUGGGCAUACAGAGCAAGCAAUUUAUUACCUUAGUAAGAAGUUCACAGACUGUGAGACAAGAAUGGAUCCCAUCAAGCAUCUUUUUGAGAAACCCGCGUUGACGGGCAGAUUAGCACGUUGGUUAUUGCUCUUAGCGGAGUUCGACAUUGUGUAUAUUACCCAGAAGUCCAUCAAGGGUAGUGUCGUUGCUGAACAUCUAUCCGCACAUCCAGUUGUUGAUAUGAGGCCUUUGAAUGACAUAUUUACAGAUGAAGAUGUAGUUUCUAUUGAGGUUGAAAAUGAGGUUGGCAGUUGGCAAAUGUUCUUUGAUGGAGCCGCCAAUCACAAAGGUUGCGGAGCCGGAGUUCUACUUAUAACUCUUGAAGGGUUGAACAUGCCCAUGGCAUAUAGGUUGGACUUCGAGUGCACCAACAACAUGGCCGAGUAUGAAGCUUGCCUCAUGGGAUUGAAAGCAACCGUCUCUAUUGGGGUCAAAAGAUUGGAAGUAUACUGA